AUGGACUCGGCCACCGAAUCAACGGCUUACCGUGGCUACUGCAAGGAAAUCUUCCUAUUGAUGAGUGCUUUCCUGCCGACGGUGUGGCAGGCAGUCGUGCGUCCCUACGCGCAAGUCACUGAGUCUCUGCACACAUGUACAUGCGCCUCUCUGUACGGUUCGCGCGUUGAGGCGAGUAGUUUCAUUGUCCCAUCUUGUGUCAUGGGUCACAGGCUUAGAAAGCCUCCUAUGGAUCGUGAGAACGGGUGGGUGAUUAGGCCAGUGCUUGUCUGCACUCCUUUCUCCUUCACACCGGCAAUGCACGACCAGCCACCUCUUGCGUUCGUUGAAAAGCUGGGGAGAUGGAGCAGUCGAUCGUCCCCUCUCAUUCCCCGCGUUGCGUACUACGAUGAGAGAGCACGUGUGACGACCGUCUUCAUUGAUCCGAAUUCAAUUUCAAAUACCGAGAGACUCAGCUGGGUUCCAGGUCACUUAUCUUCGCGAUUUAUGCGAGUUUGUCAGCGAAAGCCUGACAUGCGUUCAAUAGGAAACUCCAUAAUAUCAAAAGUAAUGGAACGAAUUAUAGCAGAAGCCCUGAAAUCGCACCUUGAAAUUCACUCCUUGUUGAGCGAUAAACAACACGGAUUUCGACAGAAUCGUUCUUGUUUAUCCAAUCUCCUCGUGACACUCGAUGACUGGACACGAGCAGUCGAUGCGGGAGUUACUGUACAUGCCUGUUACUUGGAUAUAUCCAAAGCCUUUGAUCGAGUCGAUCACAGUAUCCUUCUUCGGAAACUUGAAAUGUAUGGCGUGACGGGAAAUCUGUUGAGCUGGCUGAAAGACUAUUUGAGUGACCGUUCGGUCCAAGUUCGUGUCGAUGGAGCGUUUUCCGAUAAAAUUGCCGCCACAAGUGGUGUCCCUCAGGUGUUAUUACACCCAAGGCGUACUACAACACAAUGCAAAAAGUAUGACUGCAAAUGUGGAGGUGCGCAGAGGUCAGAUCAGGAGUGUGAGAACCGGGAACUACCGCUGUCGAUGUUUCAACAGGCACUGGACGCCGCAAGACGAUCGACGACGACAGGUUUCGGUCAGAUAGGAACUCGGAAGCGCGCGGUACUUCCGGCUGUCAAAUGCUUGGAGAAAUGGGUUCCACUAACCAAGCGUUUUAGAGACACCGCUGUCGAAUUCCAGUGGCUCAACCGGAUUUUGUUUUGGUCUGUUCUGUACUAA